AUGUCUGCUGAGUUAAAGGAGGCCCAUCAUACCGGAUACGAGUCAAACCCAGCGUCUUCUUGGUCAGACCAUGGCGAAAUUUUUAGCAAAGGUGAUGACCAGGUGGACUUUUGCACCGUGAGCUGGGUGCGAGCAGCGGUGAUAUUUUUAAAGCUCAUUUUUGCCACAGGAGUGCUUUCAAUUCCCUCCCUGAUGUAUGAACUCGGCGCCUUUCCGGGUGCUAUCAAUGUUGUGGGUUGGGGCAUCCUGAACACAUACUGCGCGAUCAUCCAGGGAAACUUCCGCCGUGAAUACCCCGAGUGUCACACCAUUGUUGAUAUGGCCUAUAUCGUGGGUGAUGGAGCUCUGAAGGAGCUUGUUGGACUGCUUUCAGACUCCCAAGUGGGCGAUUUCGAGCUCGGAUAUCAAGCGAUUGGUAGCCCGAAUUUUAUCUCGGGCAUCACUGCAUCAGUGACGAUUUUUGUGUCCAGUGCCGGGACCUCAGCCUUUAUCCCUGUUAUUGCAGAGAUGCGGAACACCAAAGAAUACCCCAAAUCAGUCUACCUUAGCAUGAGCUUAGCGACAGCAUCCUAUCUGACAUUUAGCCUCGUGAUUUAUGCUUGGUGUGGUAAAUGGAUUGCCUCGCCCGCUCUCGGAAGUGCAGGUGGAAUCGUGAAGCGGGUUGCAUAUGGAAUUGCAUUGCCCGGUCUGAUUAUCAAUGGCUGUCUCUACGUGCAUAUUGCCGCCAAGUAA